GGGAAGGAGGAGAAGAGAGAUAUGAUGGAAGGACUCAAAGCAGAACCUUCGACAGCUAUGAGUGGUUCGUUAGAACCUAGUGAUGAAAGCAAACUACAAAUUACAGUACGUGACGGAGAAGGUGGACAGAUGACCUUUCGAGUAAGAAAGAGCACGAAAUUGAAAAAGUUGAUGUCCAACUACUGUGAAAAACAAGGUGUUGCAUAUGGUACAUACCGUUUUACGUUGGAUGGUAAACGUAUCAACGAAAACGAUACAGCAGAAACCCUGCAAAUGGAAGACGGUGACUGUAUUGACGCCUUUUUAUAUCAACAAGGAGGAGCGAGAUGUGAGAGUGAAUAAAGUUGUGCUCAACAGUAUGUAUUUUUU